CACAGCCUGCCAAGCUACCAGCCAGUGAUACUCCUAUGGCCAGGAGCAGGAGCAAGACCACCCUCUGCACAUGGCUCCUCUGUCCUGGGCUGCUUGGCUGUUUCUUGCUGGGCUUUCUUACAGGAUGGUUGACAAAACUGUGUGGAAAAACCCUCAACUCUUCCGUUGUCUACCAAAAUGUGAGACAGAAACUUGCGGCUGAAAUGAAAGCAGAGAAUAUCAAGCACUUCCUUCGCUCAUUUACUAGGUUGCCUCAUGUCGCAGGAACUGAACAGAAUCUUAUUCUUGCCGAACAAAUUCAAGGCCAGUGGAAGGAAUUUGGAUUGGAUUCAACUGAACUUGUUCAUUAUGACGUGCUUCUUUCAUACCCAAAUGAAAAGCAGCCAAACUACAUCUCAGUAAUUGAUGAUCAAGGGAAUGAGGUUUUCAAUACGUCAUUGUUUGAACCACCUGCUCAGGGGUAUGAAAAUGUUACUGGUAUACUACCACCAUAUAAUGCUUUUUCAGCACAAGGAGUGCCAGAGGCAGAUCUGGUCUAUGUGAAUUAUGGCCGUACGGAAGAUUUUUUUAAGCUGGAGCGUGAAAUGGGAAUUAACUGUACAGGAAAGAUUGUCAUUGCCAGAUACGGGAAGAUCUUCAGAGGAAACAAAGUUAAAAAUGCCAUAUUAGCAGGAGCCCAAGGGAUCAUACUUUAUUCAGACCCUGCUGACUACUGUGCCCCAGGAACAGAUGCUUAUCCAGGUGGCUGGAACCUUCCAGGUGGGGGAGUUCAGCGUGGGAAUGUAUUAAACCUGAAUGGAGCUGGGGACCCUCUGACACCAGGUUAUCCUGCCAAAGAGUACACUUUCAGGUAUAAAGUUAAUGAAGGUGUAGGGAUUCCCAGAAUCCCGGUUCACCCCAUUGGAUAUCAUGAUGCAGAACUAUUAUUGAGUGCAAUGGGAGGACCUGCAGCUCCAGACAGCAGCUGGAAGGGAAGUCUCAAUGUGUCUUAUAACAUAGGGCCAGGAUUCACAGGCAACUCUUCUACAAGAAAAGUCAGAAUGCAUGUUCAUACAAGCAAUAAAAUAACACGAAUUUACAAUGUCAUUGGCAUCCUCAGAGGAGCCAUGGAACCAGACAGAUAUAUUAUUUUAGGUGGUCACAGAGACUCUUGGGUAUUUGGUGGUAUUGAUCCAACUACGGGUGCAGCUGUUCUGCAAGAAAUUGUACGAAGUUUUGGUAAAAUGAAGAUGGAAGGUUGGAGACCUAAGCGAACUAUUAUUUUUGCAAGCUGGGAUGCAGAAGAAUUUGGAUUAUUGGGUUCCACAGAGUGGGCUGAGGAAAAUGCCAAAGUCCUUCAGGAACGGGCAGUUGCUUACAUCAACACAGAUUCUUCUAUAGAAGGGAACUACACAUUAAGAGUUGACUGCACCCCUCUUCUCUACAAACUGGUGUAUAAUCUGACAAAAGAGAUUUUAAGCCCUGAUGAGGGUUAUGCAAAUAAGUCUCUUUAUGAGAGCUGGCUUGAGAAAGACCCUGGAACUGAAAAUAAUAGCUAUCCAAGAAUAAAUAAACUGGGGUCAGGCAGUGAUUUUGAAGCUUACUUUCAGCGACUGGGAAUUGCAUCAGGCAGAGCUCGUUACACCAAAAAUAGGAAAGCAGACAAAUUCAGCAAUUAUCCUGUUUAUCACACUGGGUAUGAGACAUUUGAACUAGUGGAAAAAUUUUACGACCCCACUUUCAAGAAACAGCUAACAAUUGCCCAGCUACGAGGAAAACUGGUUUAUGAACUGGCAGAUUCCCAGGUCAUUCCAUUCGACUGUAGAGAUUAUGGAGAAGCCUUAAAAGGAUAUAGCAACAGAAUGUAUAAAUUGGCCAAGAAGCAUGAAGAAAAGCUGAAACUUUACAAAGUGUCAUUUGAUCCUCUUUUUUCUUCUGUGGUGAACUUCUCAAAGGCUGCUGAUGAAUUUCACAGGAGACUUGAACAAGUGGACAAGAAAGAUCCAGUCGCAGUGAGAAUCAUGAAUGACCAGUUGAUGUUGAUAGAAAGAGCUUUCAUUGAUCCUCUGGGCUUGCCAGGAAGGAGGUUUUACAGACAUGUCAUUUUUGCUCCAAGCAGUCACAACAAGUAUGCAGGAGAAUCCUUCCCAGGGAUCUAUGAUGCCAUGUUUGAUAUUCAAAUCAAAGCUGAUCAACGUGAAGCCUGGGAAGAAGUGAAGAGGCAAAUUUCCAUUGCAGCCUUCACUGUACAGGCAGCAGCAGAAACACUGAAGGAAGUAGCAUAGCAUGAUGGCUUUGAAAACCCACACAUAAAAGUCUGACAUGCAGAGUAGUCAGGCUACUGCAGUGACCCAGUCUCUUCUGAAUGCCUGCCGUAUCUGAGUUUCCAACCUUCCAAAUGCAUGCAAAUGUGCUGGCAGGGUAAGCAGGAGCUUUGUGUGUCAAAAAACUCCUGAGCUAGAAAUUACUGCAUCUCUGACACUGACAGAACUGCAGCCCCAGAUGGAAGCAAAUUUGGAUGUGGGGAGAGUGGGGAGGGUGGGGAGCAGGAACAAUCAGUUCCCAAUUAGAGUUUUCUGAAAGAUGUGCCAAUUUUGAGAACCUGUUGUUUUGGAAGUAUAAUUACACAACCAGUUAUUUGCCAAGCUACCUGUAACUUUUGUCCAUAGCAGUGAUCAACAGCACACAUUUUGAGAGAAAAAAUAUAACACUUUUCAGCCUGUGUAUCUUUCCUGUUCUGAUAAUUACUUUUAUAAUAUAAGACAUUAAAGGCAUUCCUGUGUUUUAGAAUAUAUUGUGCAAGACUGGUGAAUGCUCCUUGCACUGCUUUGCUCUCUCUUUUCCUGAAAAAAAUAAAAUAGUGGCCUUCCCUCUGAUGAAAUCCAAAGCAUGUUCUUAGGGGCGUAAAUGCCCAUCCCUCUGAAAGCCACUAUGUAUCUUCCUCCUUUAUUUGCACUCUGGAAAAUAAAGAUUUUGGGGGAUAACCAAAAACUGUCAUCCCUGCUCUUUUUGGCACUUUCACUAGUCCCAAACCCAUGGCAGCUUUUGUUCCUACUUUUUCCCAGGAGAUCUUUUUCAUGCAGAUAUCUUUGUCCAGCUGAAAGAGCUGGAAGAAAUUGUCACUAUUGGCACGGGGUUUGAGAUUAUUCUGUGUUCAAAUAAGACUAGAAGAAAGAUUCUACAUUCAAAGAUAAACUGAAAUGCAUGAGGACGGUAAUUGUACAAAACUGUUAAAUUUGUAAAAAAAAAAAGGAUUCUUGCUUCAUUUGCCCUUUGAUAUAAUUCUCAUCUACAUGCUUUACAACUAAUAAAAAUGCUACAAUUUUA